AUGCCCGAUGUUUAUCUAGUCAUUGGCGGUAGUGGUCUUCUCGGUCGACACAUAGCCAAGCAGCUCCAGGACCGUGGCGACAAUGUAUCUGUUUUGGAUAUUGUGCAACGUUACGAUGACAUUCCUUUCUAUCACGGAGACAUCAGUGAUGAGGCGGCGGUGCUUUCUGUGUUGAAACAGUGUGGUGCAACUUGUAUCAUACACUGUGCAUCUCCGCAUGCCAAAUCUGCCGCACCUGAGCAGUUCUGGAAAGUCAACGUUGAUGGCACCAAGGCAUUAAUCGCAGCUUCUACUCGACUUGGCAUCAAUAAGUUCGUAUACACCAGCUCGUCAGGUGUCGUGUUCGAUGGCUCCGAUCUCGAGAACAUCGAUGAAAGCCAUCCAUAUGCGCGGAAACCGCUCGAUGUCUACAUGGAGACCAAAGUUCAAGCAGAGAAGAUUGUUCUUGGGGCGAACGGGAAGGACGGAAACAACAAAAAUCUUACGGAUUGGACAGCAGUAGCAAAUGUUGCCGAUGCGCACAUUCUUGCUGCUGACCGCCUCAGCACACCUAUAUCUCCCGAUGCACCAGUUGCUGGUGAGAUUUUCUCCAUUACCAAUGACGAACCUUGGUAUUUCUGGGACUUUACGAAUGGUAUAUGGAGUCGGUUGGAUGCAUGGUUUUCGGGGAAACGUCAGAAGAGAACAGUUCGAGUUAUACCUCGAUGGCUUGGGAUGUGUCUAGGUGUGAUUUUCGAGUUUGAAGCUUGGAUCCGAGGACGAAAACCCUCAAUGACUCGCUUCACUAUCACGUUCAGCUGCGCUGCCCGAUGGCACAACAUUAGUAAGGCAAAGAAGGUACUCGGUUAUAAUCCGCAGGUUUCUGUGGAAGAUGGGAUGGAUGAAUUGGUCAAGGUAAAUUGA